ACUUCCAUCUACCAUGUCAAACGUAUUUUUCGACAUCAGCGUUAACGGCAGCCCCGAGGGGCGUGUUGUCUUCAAGCUCUUCGACGACGUUGUCCCGAAGACUGCCAAGAACUUCCGUGAGCUCGCCACUGGCCAGCAUGGAUUUGGAUACGAAGGCUCUGGCUUCCACCGUAUCAUCCCCCAGUUCAUGCUUCAGGGCGGUGACUUUACCAAGGGCAACGGCACCGGUGGUAAAUCCAUCUACGGCGAAAAGUUUGCCGACGAGAACUUCCAGCUCAAGCACACCAAGCCUGGUAUUCUCUCCAUGGCUAACGCCGGCAAGAACACCAACGGCUCGCAGUUCUUCAUCACGACCGUUGUCACUUCUUGGCUUGAUGGUGCUCACGUUGUCUUCGGUGAGGUUGUUGAGGGAUUCGACCUCGUCAAGAAGAUUGAGAGUCUCGGUUCCUCCUCUGGCUCACCCAAGGCCAAGGUCGUCAUUGCCAAGUCUGGUACUGUUUAGGGAAUUUUUAUUGGAGUAAGCUUAAAGAGAAGCGAAGAAGAUAACUACAUACACUGUACUACAGAGAAUUGAACUACUGCUCUGAUUUU